GCCCUAGCGGAGCAGCUCUAUUAAUUUACACUGCUAUAUAUGGCAUAUUGGAGUGUACCCCAGUCCUUGACACAGAGAGAAAAAGUGAAACACAACCCACCAGCCCAAAAAAAUAAAAAACAUUUCACAUCUAUGAGCUUCCAAACCCUAGCAAAGCGCCAACUCUAAAAAAUUCUCUCUUUCUAGAUCUCUCUCAAUCUCUCUGUUUUUCCCAAUACACGGCAUUUUCCGAUCAUGUGAUUCCCGCGACUGUGACUGUGGUUUAGCCCGUUUGAAUACUCUCCGUCUCUUGCAUUAUCUUUUUUUUUUUUUUUUUUUAAACCGAUCAGAUAUGGCGUCGGCAUGUGUGAACAACAUAGGGAUGUCGCCGGAGAAUUUCCUCGACUGCACACCAGCUUCAUACCCUUCUUACGGAUGGUUAAGCCCUCGAAUCUCAUUCAGCCGCGAGUUUCCCGAAGAUGACCCUUUGAAGCUUUCUGGGUCGAAGCCCUCUUCACCGGCCGUGAAGCCGGUAGAUCCACCGGAAGCUUCAGAUCCGGAGGCUUCAGUUGGUGAUUUCGAGUUCAGACUUGAAGAUCCGGUCGCUAUGCUUCCUGCUGACAAGCUCUUCUCCGAUGGUAAGCUCGUGCCGCUUCAUCUAUCGUCCGUCAAGCCCUCGAUCAAUGAGCCGACUACGACGAUGAUAACGACUCCGAAUGCCUUGUCGGAAUCGGAGAUCAGGUCGCCGGAGACUGUGAAGUGUCGCAGGAGGACGGAAAUCUCCGGUACGGACGCGUAUUUGUUCUCUCCUAAAGCCCCGAGGUGUUCGAGUCGGUGGAGGGAGUUGUUGGGGUUGAAGAAGCUCUCGAACUCCAAGAACGAAAGCCACAAAACGACGUCUUCUUCUUCUUCUUCUUUGAAUCCCCCAAAAUCUCUGAAGCAUUUCCUCCAUCGGAGCUCCAAGUCUUCGUCGUCUUCAUCCUCAGACGCUUCUCUGAGCCAACCAUUGUUGAAGGAUUCGGACUGCGAAUCGGUGUCUAUAUCCUCCUCGCGACUCUCGCUCUCGUCUUCUUCCUCAGGCCACGAGCACGAAGAUCUCCCAAGGCUUUCACUCGAUUCCGACAAGCCAAACGCCAACCCCAUUUGCCUCCACAGGAAUCCGAACAACCCGAACCCGCCGAGAAUGAGAAUGGUGAAGCCCAGAGCAGCAGAUAACAAUCAGAGAUCGCUGAUCGACCAUCCGACAAAUGUGACGAGGAUGGGACGGAGUCCGAUUCGGCGGCCGGUGGGAGAAUCCAGUGGGGUGACGAGCAGGGGGGUUUCGGUGGACAGCCCGAGAAUGAACUCUUCAGGGAAAAUAGUGUUUCAGAGUCUCGAACGAAGCUCAAGCAGUCCGAGCAGCUUCAAUGGCGGUCCGAGGUUCAAGCACAGAGGAAUGGAGAGGUCCUACUCGGCUAAUGUACGGAUCACUCCGGUUCUCAAUGUUCCGGUCUGUUCGCUCAGAGGGUCUUCGAAAACGGUCUCCGUGUUUGGGUUCGGACAGCUUUUCUCUUCGCCGCAGAAAAGAGAAGGAAGCGGAACCGGAGGGAACAGUAGCAAAGGUCAUGGACAGCAAAGUAAUAGCAGGAACCGAACUGACCGAACCUGACGGAAGCAGAAGCUGAAGAAGACGAACUAGAAGAAAAGAAACAGACCACCUGAGGGAGGAGAGGGUAAUAACGUCUUUUUCUAACACAGGCUUUUUUUUUUAAUUUUUAUUUUCUUUUAUUCAGACAUUGUUAUUAGGGGUCGCUAGGGAAAAUUAAAAAAAAUUCGCUUCUUUUUUGCCUAACAGAACGCUAAGGCCAUGUAAAUAUUGGGGGUGGGGUUUUAGAUUUUUGAUGGUUUUUAUAAUUCUUGGUAAUUUUCUUCUUUGUUUAGCUACUAUUUUUCUUUGCUAAUUUCUCUGACGGUUAAAAAGAAAAAAAAAAUAGCUAUUGUCAAGUAGAUUUGUUAUAUUGUCAAGUAGAUUGUUGUUUUUAUCAGAGGACAUCUGUUUUCAUUGCUUU